AUUCACUCUCUCUACCUCCCUUCUGCCACCCAGACCGGAAUGUUUUUUUCUCUCUCCUCCUCCAAAACCGAAUUGUUUCUCCCUUCUCUCGCUCUCCUACUCCCCUCGCUUUAAACCGUACGGAUCUUUCAAAUUUGAAUUGGGAGAGAGAGUUUUGCUUAGAAGACGAAGGAAUUGGGAGAGAGAGUUCAGAGUUUCUGCCAUUGGUUGUUGAUCGAAGCUAGAAUCACAGACUGAUCGGUGUUUGGUGCUUUCGAAUUUGGAUUUUCCAGGGUCCAAUUACGAGUUUUUUCUUCACAUAUGGUUAUCUGCAUAGCCUAUAGGAGGCAAGUAAUUCUCAUUCUGAGUAAAUAAGGCGGCAUUACGGGGAGGAAUUUUUGUUGUUAUACAUUGAGGUGAGUGGUUAGGCACUGGAAAGGAGUUGGAAAGUGGGAGUUUGCGGCUGUCAAAGAAGUUAAAUGGGAUAUUGGGAAUCUGCAGAUAAGAUAAUAGUGAUCAUUGUAGGAAGGGAAAGGUGGAGAGUUGUUGCAUCACGAAACUUCGAUGAUUAGCUCUAGCUAGCUAAAAAGAAAUACAGAGAAAACCCAAAUUAUUCGAUGGCUUAGGAAUCUAUAAGUAAGAGGUUGUGCUACUGAAUAUUCUCAAUGGAAGCACAGAGCUUGAAAGAGGACAAUCCUAAAUUGCAGAGCUUGGAAGAAGACCCUAAAUCAAAGGGCCUGGAAGAAGAAGAUACUAAAUUACAGAGCUUGAAAGAAGACGGUUCUAAAUCACUAGAAGACCCUAAAUCACAGAACUUGAAAGAAGAAGACCAUAAAUCACAGAGAUUGAAAGAAGAGGAAUGUAAGUCGCACAGCUCGGAAGAAGACCUUAAGUUAAACAGCUUGGAAGAAGACCCUAAAUCGCAGAGCUUGAAAGAAGAAGACCUUAAAUUACAGAGCUUGGAAGAGGAAGAGCCUCAAUCACAGAGCUUGAAAGAAGAAGGACAAGAUUGCUUGGGAGACCCUAGAUUCAAUGAAAAUGCAUUGCAAUUCCUAGAUUCAAUGGAUGGGUAUUUAACACUAUUGGAUUCUUUGUCUUGGACACUUCGGCAGGGAUGGCUGCAACUAGCGAGUGCGCGCCAUUCAAUGGGUGGGUCGCGGGUGAGCAGUGCUGUGUUGGAUAUGAAGCCCCACUCGGCUGCUACUUUUUUGCAAGUCAGCAAACAAUCCAAUCCAGGAGCAGGGUUAGGGGAAAUUCAUCAUUUUACAUUGCUGAAAUGGGCCUCCUCUGAUAAUGGAAAUGGAGCUCCACAUAGAGAUGCGAGUCCGCAGCUAAGACAAAGAAAGGACAAGGAUGGAGAUUCAGCUCCGGUUACAGCUGAAGAUGAUUUUCAACAUCAACUUCAGAAGGAGCGGUUUAAAUCACUUUCGGUGUUCGGCGCUUUGGUUUCCCCCAAGCUACGGGCGGCUCAGCUCUCAUUCGAAACUGCACUCGAAGCACUUGUAGAGAUUGCUAACAUGCGAUCGUUGAUGCUCUCCAAUUUUCAUGAAGUCAGAAAAGAAAUGGAAUCAGCAAAUGGCAAACAAUGAAUGCUAUUGCCAUGGCAUGAUAGAUACAUUUCUAGCCAGAGUACUUGAGCACCAUCUACCUCUUUAAUUCUUCUUGUCUUUUAUUUCAAUUAGCUGAUUUCGAAGUUUACUUCAGUUCAUGUCUGUAGGAUUUGAUAGUCGAUAACUAAGAGUAGUUCUGUAAAUUUGUUUAUUCAUCCACCUGAACCAUAACUUUUGAAUUCAAUGCUAAGAACUAAACUAGAUGGUUGAAGUGAUGA